UAUUUAUUAUUAUUUGUCCGUUUUGGCAUAUAAAUUUGUAUGUCUGUAUUAUUUUGUGCUGAGGUAGAUUGAGCUCUCAGAUUUUUGCAGCAAAGGCUUCUGGGCUUUUUGUUCUCUUGUAGAGAAAUUUGGACCACACUCGCUGCAUGCAAAUUUAUCUUCUUUCCAGAGUUUCUUCUUCAGGAGUUUCAGUGUUCUGUUGAUUAAAGGGUUUUUGGAUUAAUUUCCAGAAAAGUUAAAAUUGAAGAGUGGGCGAGAGAAGGGAAGUGUUAAAUGGCAACUCAAACGAUGGGAUCUCAUGGUGCCCGUAGUAACAGUAUUGGGGGAGAUCCGACCCAAAUGCGAAAUCAAAGUCAGGACCCAAAAUCGAAUCCACUGGAUAGGCAGGGGUCCUUGUAUAACCUCACGUUCGAUGAGGUACAGAAUCAAUUAGGGGAUUUAGGGAAACCGUUAAGUAGCAUGAAUCUAGAUGAACUUCUCAAGACUGUUUGGACUGCCGAGGCUAAUAAUAAAGCUCCGGAAAGUGUUGAUUACAUGUCUGCUGUACAAGGCCCCACCCAAUCCACUUCUGGCUCCUCCUUGAAUCGACAGUCGAGCUUGACACUCUCUAGGGAUUUGAGCAAGAAGACUGUCGAUGAGGUUUGGCACGAUAUUCAGCAGGUGCAGAAGAGGAACAAUCUUGACAGAAAAACCACUCUUGGUGAAAUGACACUGGAGGACUUCUUGGUGAAGGCAGGGGUAGUUGCUGAGUCAUCUCCAAUGGAGAAAGGUUCAGACUCAGUGUUAAGGGUUACCGAUCCAAUGGAUCUACCACAGCAAGCUCAGUGGAUGUCAUAUCAGUUCCCUUUAAUUAACCCACAGCAGCAGCAACAGCAACAGAACAUGCUGCCAUUUUAUGUGCCUGGCCAGUCAGUUCAACAGUCUAUUCCCAUCAGUGGAGACCUGAUGAUAGAUGAAGCCUAUCCUGAAACCCAAAUGACAAUGUCUACAUCUCCUUUGAUGGGGGGCACUUCGUCAGAUACGCAGACGCCUGGGAGAAAGAGACGUGCACCUGAUGAAUUGACUGAAAGGACUGUUGAAAGGAGACAAAAGAGAAUGAUUAAGAACCGGGAAUCUGCAGCACGAUCAAGAGCAAGGAAGCAGGCUUACACUCAGGAGUUGGAGAACAAGGUUUCACGUCUGGAGGAGGAGAACGAAAGGCUUAGGAGACAAAAGGAACUGGAGGUGUUGCCUAGUAUACCACCACCAGAGAAGAAGUAUCAACUCCGCCGCACAAGCUCAGCCCCGAUGUGAGGACUGUAGAUUCAUCAUGUUCUUAUGUCAAUUUGCUGUUCAUUUUGUUGGUGUUUGUUUCUUUUUUACUGUUUAUGCGGGUUACUAUCCUUGUCCAUACGACAGCAUCGGGAUAUUAUCAUCUGGUUGUCUAUCUUGCUGUAACAUCCCUUAGCUGUCCGACCCAGUCGAACUUUUUUCCUGUAUGUACAUUAUUUAGUCUUAACUUGGUAUUUGUGAAACUGUUUGAUAUGUGGACAUUUACCAUCAAGUUUGAUGUCUGAAAUUUUGAAAGAAUUUAUUAGGUCAA